AUGUCCCACUUCUUCAUCAAUGUCUACCGGCACCGCGGGGUGAACCUCCACCGCGAGCCGAUCCGCAUGUGGACCAAGUCCCUGCUGUAUGCCACCGCGGCGCCGGCCUGGGCCGAGCCGAUGCGCACCUUCGCGCGGCUGCUGGACCGCAACGACCCGAACCUGACGAAUCUCCUGCCGACGUACGCCAAGUUCCAGAAGAUGCGCGGCCUCAAGCCCCUGAGCCAGACAUCGCCGACGCUGCGCAGCCUGCCGCCGGUGCCGACGGCCGACAGCCCGGCCGACAUGCCGGAGGCCGGCCCGCGGGAGUUCUCGCCCGCCGUGCAGGAGCUCCUGUGCCGCGACGGGAGCCGGGCCUCGCGCCUGUCGGUGGACAUCAUCCUCACCAACAAUGCGGUCAUCCGGCGCCUGAACCACAUGUACCAGAAGACCAACGCCCCGACCGACGUGCUGUCCUUCCCCUCGAACAAGUUCCACCACCCCCAGGGCUUCCCCAUCCCCCAGCCCCCGGGCGAUGCCGAUGCCCACAUGGUGGCCUACAACAUCUGCAAGGUCACCGGCGAGUCGCUGAGCGUCUUCGACUCGGACCUCUUCGACAAGGGGACCCUUCGCCGGCCGCAGGCGGUCACCCCGCCGGCGCGCAGCCUCAAUGCCAUUGAGAGCGGCUUCAGCUCCAAUGACGAGGCCUUCGAGCCGGCGUCCCGCUUCGACCCCUGCCACCUGGGGGUCAUUGUCCUGUCGGUGGAGCGCGCCAGCCGCGAUGCGCGCCUCUCCAACUCCACCAUCGACCGGCACCUGCAGCGGCUGCUGGCGCAUUCGCUGCUGCACCUGCUGGGGCACGUGCACGAAACGACCCCGACCGCGGAGCUGAACGACGCGGUUCUCAACUCCCUCGAGGACAUCCUCAACAGCUUCCAGUCGCAGCUGGAGGCCGGGGCCUUCACCUGCUCCGGCUGCAACAACACCCUCGAGGCCAAGGAGCAGUACACCAGCGCCUCCGACCGGCGCUACCACCAGGCCUGCUUCAAGUGCUUCGUCUGCCAGGCCCCCUUCGCCGACAUGUCCUAUGUCGAGCACCUGGGCAAGGUGUACUGCGAGGAGGACUUCGCCAAGACCUUCGGGGUUUCCUGCUCCGGCUGCAAGGAGAUCAUCGUCGGUGAGAUGGUCCGGCCGGAGGUGCUCCAGGGCACCGGCCCGGCGAUCUCCUUCCACCCGGGGUGCUUCGCCUGCCCGGAGUGCAAGAAGAGCGCCCACGAGGCGUACAUCCUGCACGAGGGCCUGCCCUACUGCCCGGAGGAUUACCACCGGCUGUUUUCCCCCCGGUGCGACAUGUGCGCCGAGGUGCUGGCCGGCUCGGAGCACAUUAACUGGGGCGCCUCCCGGGUGCACAUGGACUGCUUCAAGUGCGAGACCUGCUCGGUCCCCCUGCACGGCGCCAAGGCCUACCGCAUCGACGACCGGCCCUACUGCGAGGUGCAUUACCACCUCCUCCGGGGCAUCAUGUGCGCCGCCUGCGAGUCGCCCAUUGUCGGGCCCUGCCUCAAGGCCAUGGAGAAGGACUUCCACCCGGGGUGCUUUGUGUGCGAGACCUGCAAGGAGCCCCUCAGCGGGACAUUCGCCCAGGUGGGCGGCACCAUUGCCCGGUGCCAUCCGUGCAAUGAUUCGGCGUAA